AUGCGGCUGCCGGAGCUGUGCCUGGCGCUUCUCUACGCCGCCGGCAGCGGCAGCGGCACCGAACCGCCGCGGGCAGCCCGGGAGCGGCCGCUGGCCCCGGGACGUGGGGAGCCCGGGGCGGCCCGCGUGGACCCCCGGCAGGCGUGGAUGCUGCUGGCCGGGAGCCCCGGGAGGGGCAGCGGCGAUCGGGGCCGCGGCGGCUCCGGGGCUCACUCGGCACCAGCGGGCCCCGGCUCGCCGGGAAGAACAAGCGCGGGUGCCGCGCCGAGCGGGGCCGGGCCCGAGGAGCUGCUGAGGGAGCUGCAGCUCCUGCUCAGAGGCACGGCAAAGAUGUGCAGGACAGCUGGGGAAGGGCGUAAGGAGGAGGAAAGCAGCAAAGGCAGCCCCCAGGCCGGGGCCCAGCGUCGUGUGGAAGCAGCCUUCCAUUGCCAAACGCGAGAGGACAUCGCUGUGGAGCAGAGGACGUGGCAGGAGCUGGGGCUGUUCUACAUUCCUGAGAAGGAGAGGAUGUUCCACCGUGGCCCAGGGCUGAACCUGACCAGCGGGCAGUACACAGCCCCCCUUGCAGGAUACUACACCUUCAGCACCACGCUGCACAUCGCGCGCAGGGAGCUGCGGAGAAAGAGGCAGGGAUGCCGAGGGAGCCGCCUGCGGGUGCUGGUCUGUGUGCAGUCCUGCUGCCAGCACAACAGCCAUCUGGAGAGCGUAUCCCGGCUGGAGAGCAGCGGGGACCUUUUCACCAUCUCUGUCACAGGCACCCUUUACCUGCAGUGCUGUGCUGCUGGGAGUGUGAAGAGGCUGAACCAUGCUGAACCUGUGCCAGGAGCAGCCAGACCCUUCCCUCUGCUCAGCACCAAGCCUAAGGAAGACCAUUUGCUCAUGCAGGAGACUGCAGUCUGGUCCGAUACUGCUCGUGCUGCAGAACCAGCUGAAGAUGGACAAAAGAUCAUGAAGAAGAUGAUGAUAACAAUAAAGCAGCCUGAGCAGGACCUAAAGGCAUUCACUUUUAUCUAA